UCCGUGUGCAAGUGUAUGUGUCUUACCUCGAUCUUUCUUUCUCCUACGCUUGUUAUCGCAAUCUCUUUCGAGUGCACGUGUGCGAUUCAAAACAGUGGACGACGCAGGGGGUAUAAGAAGAAAACUAUCAGCAUUUAGGAACAAGUUUUAUCGUGAGUUGGUGUCAGCUUUAAUUGAGAUGUGCGACAAACUUUGAGCUUGUACAAGUGCAACAACAGUGCUGCAUCUAUGUGAUUACGAACCAAUUUUUUAUUUGCUACGAGGCUGCUGCUUGCAGCAAGCAGUGCCUGAAAUAUAGUUUUCAAAGUCAUGUACCUCGCUGCUGACUUGAUCAAUUCAAGAAUGCUGUGACAAGUAAUUUGUCGUAGAGCUUUGCAAUGUCUGCUGUAACAAGUCCGUAUGGAGCUUGCACGGAUAUGCUUUCGGAGUCUGUAUACAAUUUUACAUCAAGCUCGUCUACUCGUCGCAGCGCGGCUAACUCAGCUGGUGGCAGCUCGGCCGAUCAAGAUUGCAGCGAUUCUCAGCUGUACGACAGUUCGAGUACAAAGUUACAGCUGGCUGCUAGUAUCCAGUCAUCUCAGUCUACGAGUCAAAUUUCGCUCCAAGAUGUACAAAAUAAACCACGUAACAAACGGAAAAAUUUCAAGCCAAUCAGCAGUCGUAUGGCCGAAAUAUCGGACGAGUCGGAUGCAGACGGCCAAGAAGAGUACGCGAAAUCUCCGGAAGUAAGCAACGAUCGAUCGAACGAUGAAGCCGUGGAUUACGAAGUGAAAAGCAUUCUACAGCAAGAAAAUGAUUGCCGCAACACCGCAGCAGAAGCUCAGCAGAUUACAGCAGCAGCAGCAGCAGCAGCAGCGAGCCAAAGGCUUAAUAACAAUGAAACAGUUCCAAUGGACCUCUCGGUAACCACGACAAGACCACCUUCCUCGGCAGAAGCUGACGAAGACACAGAUGAUUCAUUUAGACAUAAAUUCAUAUUAGAGCAGCUCGAAUCUCAUAAACUCUUUUCUCCGCGUACCGAUGCGAGAAGUCCUACCUCAGAAUCAUCGGGCAGAAGCACGAAAAGUACCUUGGAGCAGGGGCAAGUGAGCCAGUUGGACGAGCAAGAGGCACAAGACGAGGAGAGCUCGUCAAUAUUAAAUAAUCAAGACGAAACGGAGACUGAAAUGGAAACGGCGGAGUGUGAAAGCGUUGCUGGGAAUAAACCUUUCGAAAAUAUGUGUGAAUACGCGGAGUCAACUAUGCAGGAGCUCCUAGCAAUCUACGGACUGACGGGCAGCACCGAAUUAGCCCGAAACGUCAAUAGACAAUUGACACCUAGUCUUUUGAGCGCAAACACAGCCUCUCAUAAUCUCCCCUAUAAAGAUGCGGCAAAAGCGAAGGCGAAAGAAGACAAAGAAGCGUCAACGACAGCGCCAGGUAGUCCACCGACGCCGCCACAUACACCUCAAAGUCCAUCGCGCCAAUUGAGCGCCAAUAACAGCAGCAGCAGCAGCAGCAGCAGCGGUGGCUUGGUCAGUGUUACACCUUUGAGCAUCGGUUCGCCUAGCGUUCAGCAGGCUGCCGCCGCAGCGGUGAUCGCGGCUGGUUUGCAUCCCGGGCCAGUUGCUGGCUCGCCCCUCAAACAAAUUCUCGUCCAGAAUCCAGCGCUCGCCCAACUGCUGCAGCAGAAUCCUGCUAUAUUAAGUCAAAAUCCACAGUUGGCGCAGCUACUGCAGCAAAACCUUCAAGCUCACUGGAACAGCAACGCGCUCCAAGGACAGCCGAGCGCUGACGACGCCGAUGAAAUAAGGAUACCACCGACAAUAUCGAGUUUGGCAGCGAUGAAAGUGGAAGGGAUCGAUUCCAAAGUUUCUGCUCUACUUCGGCAAAGUAUGUCUCCGGUGUCCUCUGAAAUGUUGCUUAGUACCAGUUCGAUAAGCACAAAGGCCAUCGGCGUAACUUCAGGGGGAGGAACAUCGUCUCAGCAGCAGCAGCAGCAGCAGCAGCAGCAGCAACCGAUAAUCGACUAUUCUCGCUACGUGCGUCGUUACGGUAGUGGGCAGGAGUGCGGCAAUUCUUAUUGCAAGGAGCUGGGUUGUCGCGAGCAUUUUCAUUGCCUCGAUUGCAGUGGCGGACGAGUGUUUAUUAAAAAAGAAGAAAUGAUUCGACACUUUAAAUGGCAUAAAAAGCGGGACGAGUCCCUUCAGCACGGUUUCAUGCGCUACUCGCCAACGGACGAUUGCGCGGAACGCCACCCCGGCAGGCAGUGUCCUCACAACCGCAAGCAAACGCACUACCACUGCAUCCAUGAAAAUUGUGAUAAAGUCUACAUAUCUACUUCGGACGUUCAGAUGCAUGCCAAUUAUCACAGGAAGGAUUCGGCGAUCAUUCAGGAGGGUUUCCAAAGGUACAGGGCGACCGAGAACUGCGCCACUGAGCACUGCCCAUUCGUCGGCCAGAGGACUACGCACUUUCAUUGCCGAAGACCGGGUUGUCGUUAUACUUUUAAAAAUAAAGCCGAUAUGGACAAGCACAAGUCCUAUCACAUCAAGGACGAGCAGCUGUCGCGCGACGGAUUCAAAAAAUUCAUGAAGUCCGAGGCAUGUCCAUUCGAGCAGUGUCGAUUCUCACGAGUCUGCAAUCACAUUCACUGCAUACGCCCGCAAUGCAAUUACGUACUUCACUCUUCGGGCCAGCUGUUCUCGCACAAGCGCAAACACGAAAGAAGCGACACAGAACUCGCUUAUCGAAGGUACAAGCAGCAGGCGAGCGCUGGCACCGCUAGUUCCUCGGUCUCGACUUACAACCGAGGACCGUCGACGUUAGCCUCGUCUUCGUCCUCGUCGAGUGGCGCUUACUGGACAGCACAGCCACCCCCGUACGACGAGCUCGCGACGCAAGCUCUCUCGUUUAAUCUCAACGGCGAGAGUUCGAACGAAGAGCACGACUCGCCCCCGCUCUACUCUAUGGAUGACUCUUGUCAGAGCAGUAACGCCGAUCUCGCUAUGGAUCUAACGGCUAGCACGACUUUGGGGAUCUCGGAUCAACUGCAGCGGCAAUUGACGUCUACCGAAUUGGCUUACUUGAUUGCGGCUACGACAGAGUGCAACUGCAAUCUCGGCAGAGAGCACUAUCAUUGCGGUCUCGAGCGCUGCGGGGCCGUUUUGCGCGAUCCUCGCGAAGUUCGCGAGCAUUUGCGCGAGCACGAGACCCAGGAGCGAAUAACGGAUGCAUUUUUCGAGGAGGGCGGUUGUGACGAAUCCAGCUGUCCGUAUACCGACAAGGAAAAGCAUUAUCAUUGCAACUGGGACAAUUGCCGAGAAGUUAUACUAGCGACAGACAAGCCAUUUCGCAGGUUACAGCACUAUAAGAUUCACGAAUACAGCCGACAAUUAAAUCUCUCAGGCGACGGUUCUCAUCUUCUGUCUUCCGAGGUAACGCUAACUCAUCUGACAAACAUCGAUGCUAUGUUCAGAAGAAAGCGGGGCCGACCUCCCAAAAACAGAGUAAUUGAAAUUUGGAGUGCAGGCGAUGGUUUGACUAGCCAUACGCAAGACUCACCGCAAGCGAUUUUUACUAGCUUCAAGCUGCCAAAAGUCACUCCGACCUCAUUUCAGCCUGCCCAUCAUCAUCAGCAUCAUCAUCAUCCGCAGCAGCAGCAGCAGCAGCAGCAGCAGCACCAUCAGAGCGCAGGCACAGACGCGGAAAGAGAGGGUAGCGACAACGACCAAGAUCCCGUUGGAUUUUCUACCUAUGGACCAGAUACCUGUCCCGACAAUUCCUGCUGUUUACGUUCGAUCAGACAUCAUCACUGUUCGCAACCACGUUGUCAUUUUUCUACCGAUCGUCCUGAUCAACUGCUCAUGCACAGUAAAGAUUUUCACGACAAUGUUGAUAUCCCAGACGGUUUCGCCUUCUUCGACAGGAUGGUCGACUGUCGGUUAACGACUUGUCACAACAAUCGUAUCAAUCGUCACUUUCACUGUACACGUCCGGGCUGCGAUUAUUCUUUCGUACGCUACUCUGCGAUGACACUUCAUGAUCAUCCCGAGCAUGUCCAAAAUGAAGAGAUCAAGCCGAGGAUACACGUAAAGAAUCCUGCCGAGUUGAUUGAUAAGUCGGCGGCGUCGACGAACGAGGCUGCGAGAGAAAAUAAAGAAAGAGACACGGAGGUUCUGCAGCAGGUCCCACAGGCAGACGUCAAUAGUAAAACUACUGUGGUGAGGGCUGCAGGCACCUAUUAUCCGGUCACCGGACCGCCGAACGAAUCCGCACUACCGGGCGCCAUGUUAUCCAUGCGAGCUUCCGUGCACCAAGAAGUAGCGGCGCAGCCAAGCGUAACAAUGACGAGUGCAGCAGUAGCAGCAGUUUCCACGGCACCAGUACAAUUGUCUUUAACAUCGUCAUCGCCGUCGUCGUCGUCGUCGUCGUCGGCGGUGGCGGCGGCGGCGGCGGCGGCAGCAGCGGCGGCAGCGGCGGUAUCGCUGUCGUCGUCGGCUCAUACGCUGUACGGGCCGGAGCAGAGCUGCAGUCGUCCGUUUUGUAAGCUCAAACGAAAAAAUCACUACCACUGUAACGCCUGCAACCAGGCAUUCUCCGAAUCGGAUCGUUUAGUCAGUCACGUCGCGAAGCAUUCGGCAGGCGCAUUACUGGGCGCUAGUCAACAGAUGCCGUCUACAGCGCUCGAACAUAUACAGCAGCAGCUGGAUUUGUCUCAUCCCCAGCAGCAUCCGCAUCAUCAUCACGUUCAUCAUCAUCAUCAUCAUCAGCAACAGCAGCAGCAAACGCAGCAGCAGCAGCAGCAGCAGCAGCAGCAGCAGCAGCAGCAGCAGCACUAUCAAAAUCAACAGCAGUUAUUAAAAUCGUCCAAGGACGUCAAAUUCGAGUCCAAUACUAAUAAUCAACAGAGCCAGAUAAAACGAGAGCAGGCAGAGCUGAUCGAGGCAAAUAGCGUAUCGGCAAUAGCAUCGACUGAUAGCCGAGAAAAUAAUCAACGUCAGCAACCUCAGCAGCCAUUGCUGACCCAAAUUGUAACCGAACCUUUAAACGUCCAACAAGCUCCUGCAGGCUUCGAAUUGGAUCUAAGUCACGGUUUUCAUUUCCCUAGUCCUGCCGUAAUGGCAGCAGCUAUGAACCAGCAAAUUGCUCUGAUGAAUCAGGCGUUGCCUCCAUUUCUGCAACACGCAUCGACAAUGUACGCCGGAGCACCUAGCCACCUAAUGUUUGGCGGAUCAGCAGCAGGAUUACCUUCCAAUAACUUUUUACCGACCACGGGUAGGCCAGCAGAUGAUAAUCCUUUGGCCUCCUUAGCUGCUAACUUGAAUCUUACGAAGCGCUCGCUGUCACCGUCGGACGCUACCUUAUCAGCUUCGGAUGCUAAGAAGCAACGGCUUCAUCAUUCGAUGAGAAUGCUCAAGGAUGAGCCCGUUCCCGACGGUUACAUACGAUUCCGAUUCAACGAAGACUGUCGCUACCCUCAUUGUGGUUACAGGGAGCACCAGACGCACUUUCACUGUAUGCGCCAAGACUGUGGAUACUCGUUUUGCGAUAAAACUCGAUUUGUUCAACAUACCGCGAGGCACGAGCGACUUGAUACGCUGAUGGGCGGAGAUUUUCAGCAGUACCGAGCAAACGUCCCGUGCGGAAGGAGUCAGUGCGCUUACACCUCGUCCUUGGGGUCCGUGCAAAAUAAAGCUUCACACUUUCAUUGCCUUAAAUGUGACUUUGUAUGCACUGACACAAAUAAAGUUGUCGCGCACCGGCGACAACAUGCCAAAUUAGACAGUAUAGCCGCAGCAGGCUUUCAAAAAUUUACUCCCAGUCAACCAUGUGGGGCAAUGCAAUGCCAGCAUUCCGGUAAACAAACUCACUAUCAUUGUCUGCAAUGUCAAUACGCAGUCCUUGGAUUGGCUCAAAUGUCGGCUCACAAGUACAGACAUAUGGACGCUUAAUUUGUAAAUAUUUACGGCGGCGAUCGGUAGGACUGAACCAAAUUCUCUGACUAUCGUCGACUCUUUCAUUUGCGUUGAUUAGCAUACAAGACUCGAAACCAAUUGUAACUAAGGCAAUAAUUCAAGUUAGAAUAAACCAAAUAGAUGAUUUGUGCGUAUGUAUGCGUGUGUGCGUGAGUGCGCGCGUGUUUGUGGAACCGUGUGUUUGUGUAUUUAAUUGCAUCGGAAUAAACGUUAAACAGAAAAUAAUUAAUCGGGAGAUAGAAAAGGUGCGGAUAUCGUAUUAUAUACAAACAGUAUUGUAAAGAUUUUAUAUGAAAUUUAAUUUAUUCGAAAGACUGCCAGUUGAGAUAACUCGAUAAAUAAAUUAAUAUUAUUAUAAUAAUAAUUAUUAUUAUUAUUACGACGUGUAGACACGACAGAGGAAAUGAUAAUGUGCCUUGAAUCCGAUUUAUAAAAUAAAUUUUGCCGCUUACUUAAAGUUCAAAUAACAAAUCUAAAUCAUUAACCAAUUAUUUGUGCCUGUGUCAACUUGGUUGGAUUUGCAACAAUCGAAUUAUUUUCGUAAUUUGUGUACUUGAUAUUAUCCGUUACAGAGUUUACGAUCUUGCACGAAAUCUUUAUUUUCGCAUUGCGAUCGAAUAUAAAUAAAAAAGGGGUAUAACAAUUCCUGAAGCUAGACUAUUAAACUAGCUAGCCAUAGAAGUGCCAUACUUGAAUUGCAACAUGUCAACAGACGAAUUAAUUAGCCUCGAGUGAGCAAACUGGUAAUCAGCAAGAGUGAAUACGAUUCAAGUCAUAAACAAUAUUUAUCUAGUUUUUAGGGUAAAGUUGCAAACUUUCAGUCAUGAGAAAAGCGUGGACGUAGAUAGAUUCAUAUAGGGAAUCAGUUUAAUUACAAUUCACAAAGUUACGGGCCCUUUAAAAGUGUGCCCUGCUGUAACAACGUAGCUGUAGAUUAUACGUAAAAGUAGCGCUAUGGAAUAUUGUCAUUAGUAUUAUUAUAUUUUUCGCAUUUGUUCAUAAAGCGAAAAACAGAAAAAAUAUAUGGAUUUGAUUAUUGUCGAUCGCAUGUAUUAUUACUACAUUGGAAAAAUAUUUUAUAGAGCCACAUUUUAUGUAGCUGUG